CGCGCGCGCGACCAAUGGAACACGCUCCUGCAGGUUCUGCCGAAAUUUGUGCUAUCUGACAGCAAACACAAUUAUACCAAAAUGAUCAGAAUCAUGCCCGUUGGUAAUAUAUGCAUGAUAUAAAAACUGGCCGUUGUCCUAUAGUAUUCCCCCAUCCUCAGUGAUAUCAUCCGAGAGCCCCCUCAGAAGAUUCCAUAUCAUCUCGUACAGAAAAUGCGUUUAUCCCUCCCCGCUGUUGUUGUUGCUUUGACAGCAUCUAUCUUGGUCAGUGCAUGUUCGAAGCAGUAUGAUCCUUGCAAUUGGAACACCGAUUGUUGUCCUUCCUACUUUUGUUCCUAUAAUAUCGUGAGUAUGAGCAGGCCGUUGUACAACCAGAACUCAACCACAAUGACCCACCCAGUGCCAGUGAUACACCUGCCAGCCUUCGUAGUCGAUUGGAAAUUGAGCCGGCAGCUCGAGCGGCACAUGGGGAUAGUGAGUCAUGUCUCUGUUUUCGCAUCAUAUCAUGGUUGAUGGUGCACCACCUAGUUCGGAGUCAAUCAGUAUAGUUAAAUGUUCAUACUGUCCGAGCAAUGUAAAUGUUUGAAUUUA